AUGGGAGAAUUGACAUACUUCCUUGGUGUACAAGUUAAGCAAACCAAAGAAGGUAUAUUCAUUCAUCAACCCGAAUACUGCAAUGAUCUACUGAAAAGAUUCAAGAUGUUGGAUUGCAAAGAUGCUGCUACCCCAAUGGCAACGAAUUGCUACUUAGAUCUAGAUGAGGCUGGAAAAAGUGUUGAUCAAAGAAUGUAUCGAGGUAUGAUUGGAUCACUACUUUAUCUUACUGCUAGUAGGCCUGACAUCAUGCAUAAUGUUUGUCUCUAUGCUAGAUUUCAAUCUGCUCGUAAAGAGUCACAUCUUAUAGCUGCUAAAAGAAUUUUAAAGUACUUCAAAGGUUGCAAACUAGACAGAAAAAGCACUAGUGGUACAUGUCACUUGCUUGGAUCAUCAUUGAUCUCUUUGCAUUCAAAGAAACAAGCAUGUGUGGCUUUAUCUACCACAGAAGCUGAGUACAUAGCGGUUGGAAGCUGUUGUGCACAGUCUCUUUGGAUAAAGAGUCAAUUAGAGGACUAUGGCAUUAAGAUAGAAAACACUCCCUUGAAAUGUGACAGUACUACUGCUAUAAACUUAACCGAGAAUCCUAUUUUAAACUAG